AUGGAGUCGCAGCAUCGGUUCUCCCUGGACGCGAUAAGGCAGGCUCUCUACGCAGCUUUUGCGCUGGAUCAGUUCGCUGCCUUUGAGCGUUUUGAGUCCCGGAGGCUGGAGGCUGGGGAAUCCCCUGAUGUGUAUCUUGCCGACCUUCGUCGAUUGGCCGAGCUGUUCGGCGGCAUGCCGGACAGAUCGUGUGCGGCGCCGCAGGCGGUGCUGGACCUGUGGAAGUGUCGAGCAUCUGGCGGCCGGCUGUCCCCGACGCUCGGGAAACUUGGCAGGGGAGGACGCGUCACAGCCGGCGUCCUCUCCAACUCGACACUGAGCGGCGUGCUGCCAAUCACACGGCUGUUGGUGGAUGGUCAUUGCCGAACUGCGCUGGUCGAUUCAGGGUGCACUGAUAAUAUUAUCCAUCUGUCGUGCUGUGAGCGUUUUGUUAAACGCUCUGUGACCGUGACGACGGUGGGCGAUGAGAAGCUCUCCUGCAACGGUGUGGGUCGAGUCACCGUGGAGACAUCGUCUGGACAGAUGGCGGAGAUUUCGGUGCUGGUGAUGGAAAAGGAACCUUUGGGAGUGGACAUGAUCCUCGGCAUGGACGGGAUCUCAGCUCUGGGUGGAGUCAGCGUCAGGUCCCCGACAGAAGUAGUGUUCUGCGGUGUCGCUGUUGCGUUGGAGGCCGAUCUUUCUGUCGAUGCCCCUGACUAUAAAGUGCAGUUCGACCGGCGGGAGCAGACCUGGAAGGUGUCCUGGAAGUGGUCCGCUGGUUCCGCCCCAGAAUACUUGAAAAAUCAGGUCGCGAUGUACAAUAUUCCUGAAGGCAUUCGUGCGGACUUUGACGGAGAGCUUCGUCAGUGGGUGGCGAACGGCUGGCUGGUUCGGUACGAUGAGUCGCGGCUUGGACCUCCACGUGGACUUAUUCCGUUGAUGGCAGUCAAUCAGCCUAACAAGCAGAAGGUUCGCCCCGUAAUGGACUACAGAGAGCUCAACUCGCACAUCACGGCUCACACAGCUGUGGCCGACGUCUGCGCUGAGCAGUUGAGACGCUGGCGCAGACGCGGAGAAAAUGUGGCCGUCGUUGAUCUUCGCAGAGCGUACUUGCAGCUGCACGUGGACGAGCGUUUGUGGCCCUUCCAGACGGUGAUGUUGGAUGGUGAGCGCUUCUGUCUGACGCGGAUGGGAUUCGGUCUCAGCGUAGCGCCGGAAGUGAUGCGUGCCGUCGUGAAGAUGAUUCUGGAGCAGGACCCACUGGUGGAGCGUGGAGUCUUGGGCUUUGUGGAUGACCUGCUCGUGGACGAAUCGGUCGUCGAUGCCGAGUACGUUAUCGAUCACUUCCGUCGGUUUGGCCUAGAUUGUAAGCCGCCCGUGCGAGUAGCUGACGGCGCGCGUGUCUUGGGCCUGCGUGUGUCCAGUGGACACGAUGGACUGCAGUGGGCCCGAGACAGUCCGGUCGAGGCUCCCCCUGCCAGACUGACCCGGCGUGCCGUGUUUUCCUGGUGCGGCAAAAUCGUGGCCCAUUUUCCAGUGUGUCGCUGGCUGCGCCCCGCGGCUGCGUUUCUCAAGCGCAGGGUGAACGGCCUGACGCGUGGGUGGGAUGACGAGGUCGAAGAUGACGCUCUCCGGGAUCAGAUGCAGGAUGUUUCGACGCGGAUUGCGGAAUGCGAUCCGGUCCGUGGGCCGUGGUGUGUGAGCGGCCAUGCUGCAGUCGUGUGGGUAGACGCGAGCUCUCUGGCGGAAGGAGUGGUGAUCACGACACCAGAGGGCUGCGCGAUCGAGGACGCCAGUUGGUUGCGACGAGACGAGAGCUCGCACAUUAACCUCUCGGAGCUAGAUGCCGCAGUCCGAGGUUUAAACCUUGCCGUGGCAUGGGGGAUGAAGGACGUCGAGCUACGCACGGACUCUGUGAAUGUUCACCGAUGGCUCAGUGACGCACUGACCGGACGCGCGCGGCUCCGUACGAAGGCGCAGAGUGAGCUGCUGAUCCGGCGGAGGGUCGGCAUCGUCAGGCAGCUUGUUGAGGAGCUGUCCCUCAGUGUCUCUGUGACGCUGGUGCGUUCCUGCGAGAAUCGUGCCGAUGCGCUGACACGUGUGCCGGGAGAGUGGCUCCGUGCUGAUCAUCGCACAACUGUGGCUGCUGCCGUGGUCGUGCCCGCUGGAGAGACUCUAUCAGCUGCAAUCAGGGACGUUCACGAGAGAGCUGGUCAUCCCGGCGUUCGCAAAACACUGUAUUUUGCGCGCCGAGAUGUGACGAGGAGCGUCAGGCGUGCCGACGUGCAGCUGGUGGUGUCCCGGUGUGACAUCUGUCAGUCCAUUGAUCCGGCGCCCGUUCAGCUACCGCAUGGGUCUCUCGAGGUGCGCGGGCUGUGGGAGCGCCUGGCGAUCGACAUCACGCACUAUCAGACUCAAUCGUACCUGUCACUUAUCGAUUGUGGUCCAUCGAGGUUUUGUCUAUGGGGCCUGCUGCGCCGUCCAGACGCUGAAGCUGUGACCGAGUUCCUGAACAGAGUUUUCUGUGAACGCGGUGCGCCGUGUGAAAUACUCUGCGACAACGACACAGUUUUCCGCGGGCAUCGGUUCGCGGCGUUUGCGGCAAAAUGGGGCAUUGCGCUGCGAUUCAGAGCAGCGUAUGCUCCAGCUGGUAAUGGCAUCAUCGAGCGUAACCACCGCACUGUAAAGGUGAUUGCUGCUAGGAAGAGGUGUUCCAUUGAGGAGGCAGUGCACAUCUACAAUAUCACGCCACGGGACGGAGAGAAUGAAGAGGAGUCACCUGCAAGUGGCGUCUACCGAUACCGUGUGCGAGAUUGUGUGCAACACGCUGACCGCUCGCUCGAAGGUGCAGCGGAGGAUGUGCACCAGCCUGUGAGAGGCUUGGUGGCCGGCGAGCCGGUGUGGGUCCGCCAGCAGGGCUCUCGAUGCACAGACAGGUCACGGCCGGGCGUCGUAACCGCCGUGCUGUCACCAUGGGUGGUAGAAGUGGACGGGGUACCACGUCACGUCAAAGAUCUGCGGCGGCGGCAGGCAGUCUCUCCGCACCGUGAUGGAGCGGCUGCACAGCGAGGCGUGACGCGGUGCUCCGCCGGGCCUGCGGUUGAUGAUCCGCCGUUGCUCAUCACUACGAGCGUCGCGGCCCCCGACUCGGCGGCCAUCGUGGCCGGCGACCCGGCUGUGGCGCCCCGAGACUGCCUGGACUCGCCCGUGCGUCGCCCGGGGCGGGACGUGACCAGACUGGGUCGGUCGCGCGGCGCGCGGCCCGCGCCAGUGGGCUGGCGGAGUGUGCGGGGCGCGGGCGGAGUGAGCGUGACGGACUCGGACUCUGAGACGGACCGAUCGCAGACGGACUGGACGGGGCCCGUCUGCAGGAGACGACUACGCGUGUGCCGGUGCGUCUACAUUAGUCUUCACUCCAAGUAA